GGAACGCAGCCUGCCCCGCGGUGCUUUCAGUUCCGCUUCUCUGGGCUCAGCAGCCACCCGUGGUGGGCGACCGAAUUCUUCCUUCAGCCAUGGGUGGAAAACUUUCACAGUUCUGGAAAACAUCUGACCAAAAGCAGAGUGAAGGGAAGCUGAUCUUACCUGGGCAACUGGAUGCUGAAGAUGAAAUCUCCAAUUAUGCAAGCAUCAACGGAGGAGAUUCUGCUACACCCUGCAUGCCCGGUGCAGGCAUCUUACGUCGAAGCUGCGUCAAUUGCCCAACGUGUCAGGGAACAGGAAGGAUCCCCAGGGAGCAAGAGGAGCAGCUGGUGGCACUGAUUCCAUAUGGUGACCAGAGGCUGAAGCCCAGACGAACGAAACUCUACGUAUGUCUUGCUGUGACAAUCUGCCUGCUGAUGACAUCUCUCAGUAUCUUCUUCCUGUUUCCUCGCUCCAUUACUGUGCUGCCUGCAGGGCUGAAUGCCUCCUCCAUUGGUUUUGAUGUCAAUACCACCAGUAUAUACCUCAACAUGACAAAUGUGCUGAACAUAAGUAAUAACAACUUCUACCUGGUCACUGCUGUGCAAAUAGACAUAGAGGUUUUGCACCAGUCCCUGGUAGUAGGGAAGACCACUGUGAAAACCCUGCUGAACAUCAGCCCUUUGCAGAGCGGCCAGAUCUAUUAUAUGGUGGCCAGUAUUAUAUCGGAUGACAACACUUAUAACAUUUGCACCUGGACAAAAGUCAGAGUUCACAAUGUUCUGCUGCAUAUACAGGGUACCCUGACCUGCACGUACCUGUGUCACUCGGAGCAGGUGGCUUUUGAAGACUACCAGUACGUGGACUGCCGGGGGAACGCUACGUUACCUCACCCGCUGUACCGCCGCCCACCGUGACAGGGCCAGGCUGGCAGAGCUUUUGGGUGCUGGGUAUUCCGUCACAAAGAUCCUUAUCGUGGCUGACUUCAGCUGAGUGGCCAGAGCAUGGGGUGUCACACUCUGCAAUGUUUCACUGCUCCAUCAGAGGUGGUGUCCUAUUAGUCUAACUCUACCUGUUUCUUCCUUGCACAAUUUUAUACUUAUGUCCUGAAUUUAAUAGUUCAUAACUUGCAAAGGGACUGGGGUGAGACCUGGCUGGAUCACAUCUAUAUCACUAGUGUCUGACACUUGCACAACCUGUUCCAUGAGACCAAGAAACAGGACUGAUGUCUGUCUCUCUUCGUUUUUUGGUUUUUUUGCUCUUAAAAAAAUCACAACCUACUGCAUACUGCAUAUCAUGCCAAAACACCAUGUGAGAGUGACUCUGAUACCUGCUGUUGGAGCUCUCUGGUGUAGGAGGCAAGAAUGCAAUGUCUUGAUUUGUCUUUUUAUAUAUAAAUAGAUAUUUUAAAAUAAGAUCAUCCACUAGGUGUUCUGUAAUGGGAUCUGUUUCAGUGAGGAGAAAAUGUGAAAGACUUGCUGUUUUCCAGCCAGUGGUAUGUGUUAGCUGGUACCUGCUGUUUGUUGAAUUGCUUUCCUAUAUGCUUUGCCAUUUGAUGCUCUGAACAUGAGCAAGCAUGAGUGAGAAAAGCAUAGUUUGCUUAAAUGUCAGGAAACAGACCUUUUUUUGUGUUUUAGUUUGUGUAAAGCUGCAAGACAACCCAACAGCCUUUUACAAGAACAGCCCUGGCAGCCUUCUGUGUGCUGACACUAGUAUUCCCUACGUCAUGGAUGAGUUAAAUGUAUACCUUGGGUUCUAGUUUAGGUGCUGCCUGAUCAAAUAAUAGCCUGGGAAUUGCGGGACUAAAAUUUUAACUCCACUGCUGAGCGCUUUCUCUGCCCAGUGGAGGGCAGAGCAGGGUGUCAAGCCCAGUCAGAAGAAAACCUCUGCUCCUUUCUUCAAAACAUGCUUCCCAAACACCUAACUCUUACAGAGCUGUUGCAGUGUUGCUCCUCACUGUCUCAUCACACUGAACUGGUAACCAGUCAACUUCCUCCCUCGAGCAGCUAAGUAAUCCUGGAG